GCAUCCCUUGUUUUCCACUACACUUUGACAGGGGAGAAGGGGAGAAGUUUGACUUGAAGAAUUGAAAAGAGAGGCAGCUCCAGAGGAUCAAAAUCAGAGGGCUGAAGAUUUCUACAUUAGAGUUUGGACAUGUUCACAAAACUACUUGCAGCAAUAUUUCUUGCACUUCUGUAUUUCUCAGAAGGAGAAUGUGCGCUCAACAAUCACAGAAGCAGCCGUGAGCCAAAGGAAGGCGAUGUGAGGCUGUCUGGCUCAAGCAGCCCCUCAGAGGGCCGUGUUGAGAUUUACCAUCAAGGGCAAUGGGGAUCGGUGUGUGACGACGAUUGGGACCUGUCUGAUGCCCAGGUGGUCUGUCGUCAACUGAACUUCCAAGGGGCCAUAGAUGCAGUGACUAAAGCCCGCUACGGACAAGCACAUGGACCCAUUUGGCUUGAUGACGUCGGCUGUAGCGGCCAAGAGCAAAAGCUUGUGUCUUGUAGAUCCAGUGGCUGGGGAGUAAAUAACUGCGGGCAUCAAGAGGACGCUGGAGUUAUCUGUGACCCACAAAUCUUAAAAAUUCAAGAUGACAGUAGUGCCCAGAGGACCCAGAGUGACUCUGUAUUCUCACUGGACCACAGCACCACCCUCUCAGAGGAUCUCGGAAUAAUCUAUGACAGUGGUACCGCUUGUGACUUCCUGAUCACAUUCCAGACCUCAAAUGGAACCAAACAAGAAGACGGCACCCCAGAAGAGACUACGAAUACAAUCUGUGCACACAAAGCUAUCCUCAUGUUAUACCCUUACUUCAGUGCUUCAGUUGGUGAAAAUAACAUCACAGUGUCUGUCAACACAACCUGCCAGUCAUAUUCCACUUCCAUAAUAAGGUACCUUUAUACUCGUCAGAUCAAUGUGACCUAUUCCUCUGCGAUGUGCCUCCAUCAGCUUGCUUCAGAGUUUGGAUUAAGGAAACUGUUUGAGGAUGUAGGUCAGGUGAUCUCUAAAAGUCUCCCCAAUGAUGCUUCGUUUUACUCCCAAGUUUCACUUUACAAGUAUGCAGUUGAGACAAAGGAUCUGAUCCUCAGGGACAGCUGCGUCCAGUACAUGGCCUGGAACUUCCAAAGCCUGACCGGUUCCCCUGUUUGGGCCGAUCUUCCUCUGGAGCUCCUUCAUAGCCUCCUCACCCGCUCAGAUUUGGUGGUGCCUGAUGAGUAUUUUGUACUGCAGGUUCUUGAAAGCUGGAUCACAAACAAUGGUAGCUCCCUGAGUUCAGAACAGCAGGUUGAUUUGCUCCGUCUGAUUCGCUUCCCCAUGAUUCCUGCUGAGAAGCUGUAUGAUCUGGAGUCCAAAUCUCUUCUCUUCAGCGCUCACAGGGAUCUAUAUCAUGACAGUGUCUUGAAAGCAUAUCAGUUUAUUGUACUUUACAGUACUCUGACCAAAUCACAGUUAGACCAAGAGAAUGGUGAUUACAAGCCCAGAAUCUACACAGGUGAGACCUGGAGUACUGCUAUUGAUUCAUCAAAAUUGUCAUCAAGUCCAAGACGACACUACUACAACUCUCAACGGUAUGGUUAUGGCUCUUAUAACCGAUAUUACAAUUCUCCUCCACCCUCUUCACAAAUAUCGUUUCAUACAUCUCUCCACGGCAUUGCUGCGUGUGAGAACAGCCGGCUCACCUGGGCAGCAAAUGUCUUCAAAACCAGUGACGAUUGUUCAAGGGAAGGUGUGCAUUGCAGUUCAGCUCCCGCGGCAAAGCUGUCUAUGCAGAACAACAAUUUGAGGCGUAACAUCCGCUUUGACAACCGCGUCCUGCUGACAUGUCAGAAUAAGUACAUCUGUCAGAUCCAGGCCUUCCGCAAUAACAUGGCUCACAUUGAUCCGGCUCUUGUCUAUCCCUGUCCUGACGACAAUUACAUUUACACAUUUGCGGUGAGACCAGAGUUUGUGUGACCCAAUGACAGGAAAUGACAUAAAGUGAUGACUACAGGGUGUGGUGAUGGCACAGGGGUUAAGCACAGUCCACAUAAGGAGGCCUUAGUCCUCAAUGCGGCCUUCACAGGUUCAAAUCCCGACCUUUUGAACUUUGCUGCAUGUCUUCCCUCUCUUUACCUACUUUCUGGUCUUGGCACUUUCAAAUAAAGGCCACUAGAGCCAGCGAAAACCUUAAAAAAAUGAUUACAAGUAGUACGAUCACUUUGUGUUAUUACUCUUUAACUAAUUUAAAUCAAAUAGCAAAUUUGCUUUUAAAUGUUUUCUGUUCCUACAACAAUUUUCUUUUGUAUUUCAAUGAA